CACAUUCCGACGGUGCAUUUUAACUACCGUUACUUUGAGGUGACCGAUGAGGAGGGAAAAAAACACUGGUGGUUUGGAGGGGGCACCGACCUCACGCCCUUCUAUCUGGAUGACGCCGAUGUGGAGCAUUUCCACAAGACGCUGAAGCAAGCCUGUGAAAAGCACAGUACAAGCUACUACCCGGACUUUAAGAAGUGGUGUGACUCGUAUUUCUUCAUUCCGCACAGAGGUGAGACCAGGGGCGUGGGUGGAAUCUUUUUUGAUGAUCUGGAAAAAGGGGAACAAGAGGAUCUCUUCAAGUUUGAUUGUGCAGCCGCAGUUACUCCUUCCUAUCUUCCACUUGUGAAGAAAAACAAAGAUACAGCAUACGGAGAUAAAGAAAGACGCUGGCAGUUACUGAGAAGAGGUCGGUACGUGGAGUUCAACCUUAUCUAUGACCGAGGCACCAAGUUCGGCUUUAGCACACCUGGUGUUGGAUACGACAGACUCCUUAUGUCUCUGCCACUAAAUGCUAGCUGGGAGUAUUGUCACAAGCCCGAGCCCGGCUCAGAGGAGGCUCGACUGACAGAGGUGUUACAGAACCCUCGUGACUGGGUGUAG